AUGGAGGAGUGGGCCAAAAUCCCUUCUGCUGUGUUUGCAAACCUCGUCAAGGAGUACAGGAAACGUUUGGUACAAAGACGAGCAUUGGUCAGUGAACGCAUCUUCCACUCCACUGGGAGCUGCGUGGCCCAGUCGCCUGGCCUGAAAAUGAACGCAUCGCAGGGCUCGCCGUCCCAGGACGAUCAUGCGAAGGAAGAGACGGACGACCCGACUGCGGAGAAGGAGAAGAGCCGACUCCCGUUCAGUGUCGAGUCUUUGAUUUCCAAAAAGAGCACCUGUCAGACUUCUUUUGCUCAAAAGCCCCCGGCGCACUUCUCUCCGAGAACUUUUUACGCGGAUGGAUCACCGGCGGAGGACGCGACACACUCGGUUGAUAUCGAGCAGAACACUUGGUUUCAGGCGAAUUCCUUCUCUUCCAGCUCUCGUAGUUCCAGUCCCUCUCAGUGCACUUUACGGAAGCACAAAAACAACCGUAAACCUCGCACGCCCUUCACUACCUCUCAGCUGCUGGCCCUGGAGCGCAAGUUCCGCCAGAAGCAGUAUCUCUCCAUUGCCGAGAGAGCCGAAUUCUCCAGCUCGCUCAACCUGACGGAGACCCAGGUGAAGAUCUGGUUCCAGAACCGCAGGGCCAAAGCCAAGAGGCUGCAGGAAGCCGAGUUGGAGAAGUUCAAGCUGGCCUCCAAGCCACUUCUGUCCGCCUUCGCUUUGCCUUUCCCUCUCAGUGCGCACAUGCAGGGUUCCGCUGCGUGGGGACCUUCGAACCCCUUCCCUAGGCCCAGUCUGCCAGUCCCGGGAAUAUUCGGUGGACCCGUCACGUACGGAAUGUACUAUUUGUCUUAA